CAUGCUAGUCGCUCUCAGGAGCUUUGCGCUGCCGUGCCGCGCGCCAUCUUGCCUCGCCGGAAGUCCGUCAGCGCCCUUCUCCUCGCCGCAGGUGGCGGCACACCAGCCAGUGUCCCACGGCACACUACUGUGCCGCGGAACACCGGUUGAGAAACGCUGCCCUAAGGUACCAUGAGGUAGAACAGAAGUCCUCUUGCGCCAGCAUCUGGAUUCAUCUUGCAAGGAAGAAGCAGAUCCACCACAGCAUUCUGCUUCCCAGAUUCACUCCAGCCAAAUGAGCCAGAAAUAGACCAUGGUUGAGACACCCAGGGAGAACCAACAGGACUACACUCCUCCCAUCAUCCACCAGGUCAUCCAAUGCUGCUGUUAGGAUAUUACUUCAAUCUUCUAUUUUACUGAACUUUCUUAAAAGACACCAAAUCUGUUCUUCCUCUGUAAAAGACCUGGGAUGACAAUUAUGCCAGUUGAGGCUUUUGGAAUGUUGGAGUGUGGAAUUGACACAACAGGAUAUAUUCGACAACAUUCUUCUUAAUUCAAAUGUCUCACGUGUCCUACACUGCAUGAGUAUCUCUGCAGUUUCAGGAAGUUUACUUAGGCUGGCAUAGCUGCCAAGUUAUCCCUUUUUUAAAGGGAUUUUCCCUUAUGCUGAAUAGGCUUCCUUGCGAGAAAAGGGAAAACUUGGCAGCUAUGCAGGCUGGUAAUUUUUUAAUGAUAUUUUUGUACUUGUAGAAAUAAAUAAUUAUUUACAGAAAAAAGAUACUACUAAGAAGAGAAGAGAAGAAAUGGGAAAACAUCCCCCCCCUAAUCUGACUAUAAUUGAAAUAUAAUUGAAAUGUUGUACCUUUUUGUGCUUCUCUGGAUUCAGUAAUCCUAUUUGGCACAUUGUAGCUUUUACUUAAUUAAAAUAAAUGCAAUUAGUUUAUUUUAUUUAGUAAAUUAUAAAGUACUUAGAUUCUUAAGCCUCAUAUUGGCACUUUCCAUUGGAGGUUUUCCCAUCACGGGUAAGACCCUGUCAGACUAGAAUUGAUGUAGAAUUGCAAAUCUUUUGGCUAUCAAACAAUAAACAAAGGUGUAAAUUCAUGCAGCCAUUUCAAUCCAAUUUAGCUAUUGUGAUAGAAAUGGUAUGAUUAAUCCUAUCAUAAAAUGUUGUUGUUGUUUUUGGAAUUAAUUUUUUAAAUCCUGGUGUGCCCUGAAAUUAAUCAAAAUAUGAAUUUAUAAUCCCUACAUGUCCUACUUGUCAGAUUUCUAACAUAACCUUUCUGACACCACCUUUGUCUGAAAAAUAGUUUUGUCACUUGUGGCAACAAAUUGUCUAUGAUGACAAAGUAUAGAAACUUUAUUGGUUAAUUCAUAACCUAAUUGGAGAGCUAAUCUAGCGACUGUUAGAUCACAGGGACCUGGGUCACAUCUCUUUCACUUUGGGACCUGGAGCCAGUUACUAGCCUUGUCUUUCCUACCAUAAGUGACUGUUUUGAGAAUUACGUGGGAUAGCUUAUUACAAGCACCCAUGAGUUCCUUAGAGGAAGAUAAGGAUCAAAUUUGAUAGUACGAAUAAAAUGUACAGUGGUACCUCGGGUUAAGUACUUAAUUGGUUCUGGAAGUCUGUACUUAACUUGAAGUGUACUUAACCUGAAGCGAACUUUCCCUUUGAAAGUAAUGGAAAGUAGAUUAAUCCGUUCCAGACGGGUCUGCAGAGUACUUAAAUUGAAAGUACUCAACCUGAAGUGUACUUAGCCUGAAGCGAACUUUCCCAUUGAAAGUAAUGGAAAGUGGAUUAAUCUGUUCCAGAUGGGUCCACGGCGUACUUAACUUGAAAGUUACUCAACCUGAAGCGUACUUAACCAGAGGUAUGACUGUAUUUGGUGACCGAAUUAACUGUGUCCCUAUGGAGCAGUUGUGAAUCCAGGUUACUGUGUUUGACAGAAAAAUCAGGCAGGCCUACAUGGUGCUUAGGGACGCUGGUGGCGCUGUGGGUUAAACCACAGGGCCUAAGGCUUGCCGAUCACAAGGUUGGCAGUUUGAAUCCCCGCAAAGGGGUGAGCUCCUGUUGCUCGGUCCCAGCUCCUGCCAACCUAGCAGUUCGAAAGCACGUCAAUAUGCAAGUAGAUAAAUAGGUACCACUCCGGUGGGAAGGUAAACGGCGUUUCCGUGUGCAGCUCUGGUUCGCCAGAAGCGGCUUUGUCAUGCUGGCCACAUGAUCUGGAAGCUGUACGCCGGCUCCCUCGGCCAGUAACGCGAGAUGAGCGCCGCAACCCCAGAGUCGGUCACAACUGGACCUAAUGGUCAGGGGUCACUUUACCUUUACCUUACAUGGUGCUUAGAUUUUUAAUGUUUCCAUUUCUGUAUUUUGUAACAUAUUCAUAGACAAAUUAAUGGAGGGCAUGCCAAUCAACAGCUACAAGUCACGAUGGCUAUAUUAGCGUCAAUAUUGUAGCCAACUCCUGAAUGCCUGUUACUGUGGAUCAUGAAUGGGAAAGUGCUACUAAACCCGUGCCUUGCUUCUGGGCUUCCUAUGUGCAUCUUGGUGGCCUCUGUGAAAAGAGAACUUUGUUCUCAUCCAGGAGGGUUCUUAUUUUUAGGUAUUCAUAAUAUUCAUGCACUGCUUUUCAGCCAAGUUUGGCAUCUAAGCUGGCUUCCAAGACCCACACAAAGAUUCGAUAUAAGUAGGAUUAUGUUCAUGUGUGGGGAGGGCAUUCUGGAACCCUGGUAAUUUGUGAUCCUGUUGGAUUCUACACUCUUAUUUCAAAAAUUAGGGGGCAGAAGAAGCUGCAGACGGACUCAGAGCUUGUAAAGGUGCCAACACAGAGAACUAGCCCAUCUGAGAAAACUUAAUAGGCCAAAGGGUUAGCAGGCUGCCUUUGCAGGUUGAGCCAGGAUGUCAUAACGGAGGACAGGUUGGGUACUUUCUGUUCUUCACAGGCAAGAUAAACCCAUAAUGCUAUCUUGAAUAAAAGGACCGCAGGGUGUCUUAGCUAUCCCUGCCGAACUUGGAAUGCAGCCAAUUCCUUUGCCAAGCAACUCAGAGCCUUCAGAGAAUUGUUGGGGGUGGAAACGGAGAGAGGCAUAAAACACAAAAAUAGUCUGCUGUGGGUGGAGUAAUGCUCGAUGAACAUGUAAGGUGUGUGGUUUUAUGAAGAAGCUGUGAAAGAGACUGCAUCAUAGCCCAAAGGCACAGGAAUACACCUGUAAUUCUUAGCUACUUAUCUCCACUUGCAUGGUACAAUAAACUCUUAUGCCUUUUCUUCAAGAUGUGUUUGUAAGGCGAACGUACCAUAGACAAAUGGUUUGGAAAAAUGCAGAAUGGUUUGAGAGUCUGAUGAGAAAGAGCAAUAUUGGGGAAAACAACAUUGCUAUUGUCACAAUUAUUUUACAAGCAAGUAUAGUGAUACCUUGGACUCAUAAUGAAGGAAAAUAGAGUAAUGUGUAUUUUGUAGAUCAAAUGUGAGAGUAAUAUUUGGGAAAGUAAAAAAACAUCAAACAUCAUUUCCAAACACAUAAUAUAGCCCGUUUCUUUCCAUUGACUGGUUUGAGCUUCUUGCCUAGGUUGAGGUUUUGUGGCUCUUGAAUGUUGGAGACCUAAAGAAGGUUGCAGGGAUAUAAGAUACCAACCACUCUAAAACAAACAUGGGAGCAAGGAGCUGUCCUGCCUUCAAAACAGAAAUGUGUAUUUUAUUAAUUCCAUUUGGGAGUUUUAAUCUGCUGCUUCUCUAAUAGCAGGCAUAGAGAAACCAUAUAUUGUUGGACUACAGCUCCCAUCAUUCCUGGAGUGUGUUUGUGUGUCUUUAUACACACCCACACCCACCAAGAAUGAUAUGUUAAAAUACUGUAUUGAUGCUAUACCUGCUGUACUUGCUAUCCUGGCUGUCACAUUCUGUGCUACUUGAAGUUUCUGAAUUGUCUUCCAAGGCAGCUCCUCAUUAAGCUCCUACCUUGUGUAAAGGUGUAUUUAUUUAUAAAGCAACAAGUUCUGAUUGGUAUGGUAACCAGUUAAGGUGUGUACUUGCUUUGGAAAUAUAUGAAUUUUAAAUUGGGAAACUUGAGUCAAAUUAUUUUCAGUUUGUCUUCCCCCUCACAUCUGGUGGUUGUGACCUAAUGUUCGGAGUAAGCGUUGCUACUCUCCUUCCCUGGCUCCUGCAGAAGAGCCCCAAGGGUGGCCAUAGCCUCUGUCACCUCCAGAUAUCCCAAGCAGCUGCUGUGGAGUCAUGGGCUAUGCAGAGAGCCCACAGAACUACAGGGGAGUUUGUGAGGAGGAGACAGAGUAGAGCAGCAGUGGCAUGCUCAAAAGGGAGUUGCAACGAGCUGGUAGGGAGGUGAGGAGAUGGCAGGCAGAGGACAAGCAGGUUCCUGUGAGUAGUGGAGGAGAGCUGGCAUGGCAGGAGCCAGAUCAAAAUCUAGAGUGAGGAGGAAGGCAAAGGAGGAGAGUGGAAUGCACAGGAGAAUGGGCAGCUGGAAGAAAGAGACAUGGAGGAAGAGGGCAGGACAGGUGGCAUUGAGCCAGAGAUGCCAGAGGAGGAGGAGAGAGAUCAGGCAAGUGGAGGGGAAGAGAAAGAAAGAGGCAAUUGCUUCUGUGGCCAAAGAUUAUUGGUGGGGUAGGGAGCAGCCUCUUGCAGGAGAGAAAAUGAGUCCCAGGACCAACCUGUGAAAGGGCCAACUGUGAGAAAGCAAGGGAUAGUAUGGGGCAAAGCAGUGUGGUGAUGGUAAUAUCUUUUGGAGGUGGUCCUCAGCCCUGUUGAGAGGAUUGAGGAGAAGCACAUCAAAACUUUUCAGGAAAGGUGCUGCAGGCAGAAGCAAGGCUUCUUCCCCCCCCCCAAUUAUGCAAUAGACGUCAGUGGGGGGAUGUCCCUCCUUUCCCAAGCUUCUUCUUCUUGCCAAUCACAUUUGGAUUAGUAUAUUUUUAUGUUAACAGGAAACUAUCAAACUCUCAUACUAGUGUCGUAUGUGUUUUUUUUUUACUGGCAUGAGGUUGAGGAGUGGCUGUUUGUGAUGCCACUGUUGCCCAAACACACAACAGUGAUUUAAAUUAAUAAUUUAAACCAACCAUUUAGAUCGUUUGGGUUUAAAGCGACUCAUCCUGAUCAAUUACUAGGAUCAUUAUGUCGUGCUGGUUUCUGAUCCCAGCUGUUGCCUUUCGUGUGCGUAAGAUCCACUUUGUGCUUGCCAUCAUUGUAGCAGAGUAGGAACCCAGCAAUGGUUCAUGAAGAGGCUUGCAGCUGACACCUGGGGUGGGGUAUCCCGGGAUUGGAGCUGAUGCAGAGUCGCUGAGUCUCCAGCCAGCCCUCUGACAUGCUGAGCUGCUAUUAGUCCUGUUUUCUGUUCCAAACAUAUGAUUGAUAGAAUCCUAAUUCUCAGCCAAACAUUUUUCUCCCUUUUCCUUGCCUUAACCACUGCAAGAGGAGCCUUUGUGUUAUUUCAGUGUUACUGCUGCUACUGCAGUAUUCCCAGUGCAAACAGUUUUUCUUUUUUGAGGUGGUUAUGCAUGUGACAAUUUGUUGUGACUGAAAAUGAAGGCUACACAGACAUGCAAUAGAGAGAAGGUAAGUGUUAAAGGGUUUAUUGCUUUUUAAUAUAAACCAUUCCCGGAAUCCAUGUCACAGUACCUUACAUGGUAGUGCUUUUUUUCCCUAUAAGUUGCCAUGACAACAGCAGCACUGCACCAUUCAUCAGCUCUGGACUGGGUUGCAUUGCUAGCCUUUCGUGUUACUCCUGAAUGUUAAGGAGCAUAUCAGUGAAUCAUUCACUUGGUAUACUGCGCCAUUACCUUCAUGUCCCUUCUGUAAUUUACUCCGACAAGGGGUAGGACAAAUUAAAGUGCGCCAUAGAGAGAUUCUGUAUGGAAAUACUUAAUUUAACCCCCAGGGAGCUGCAGAGUCUACUACUUGUGUGGUAGUCUAGAGAAGAAGGGUUAUUUUGUGCUAAAGGACUUAAUAGCAAGAGAAGCUUAGCAUUUAUGUCAGCUCUCCUGAAAUUGACCUUGAAUUGGCUUUCCUUGCUCACCCAGAAAAUGCAAGCACUGUAGGGAGAUUGGCUUUUGGGAUCAAACCUCACAAGACACGGUAACAUCACACUGAUGCUGUCAGCAGUGAUAUGGAUCUAGCAGCAAACAAACCAAGAGGGUGGAUUGCUGGCAACAUUGCCUGUGAAAGAGACGGAUUUUUUUGUCUUACUGGCAGAAAGAUUGCAUUCUAUCGACUAUUGGGGAGGAAGAACUGAACCCUCUCCUCUAAGGAAGGCAAAAUUUGUUGAGAGCCCUCGAAUUCCAGAAUCUGAGCUUGGCUCACCAACUCUCACUUCUGCACCAAAACUGGACCUUGAUGCCUACUGCCCUGGUAAGCAUGCAUGCAAAGCCCUUACUGCGUUUGAAGAGAGACACCAUUUAGACCUUGAUAAAUAGCUUGCAGGUUUUGUGUGCUUAUCAAAUCUGGCAGUUUAAAUUUUGGCGGCAGUUGUUUACAGUAUUCGAUGCUUGAGUUCUUAGCUGUUAAAUUAAGGCUUUCCAGAACUGAAAUGACUUUACAGCCAGCAUUAUAUCUCUGCUGGCUCAUGUCAUGGAGAAUGUUUUGGAAAAGUUAUGGCAUUCAUUUUUAAAAUUGCUUUUUAAGUUACAUUGUGUUGCUCAUUCCCUGUGUGGCCUUGGGUGUUGGAGGUUGUUACAGGGGCUGCUUGGGGGCUUCCGGGUCAGGCUGCUACAGAUGUGAAACACUGUUACUGAAAGCAAAGACAAAACAGUUUUAUUUGCCUGUUUCCCAGCCAGAGGUGGGGGAACAUGUUGUGCUCCUUCUGGGGUAGCUUGUCCACCUUUGGUCCCCACUCUGCACUUCGCUCUCACCUGUGGCUCCUAGAAGCUGUCAGCAUGCAACAGCAGCCACACCACAGGAAACGGCUUCAACUGGCCAGCUAAACCAGGUGAGGGUAGUCAUGGAUCUCAACCACUUGGUGAGUUAGGGAUUUCCCCUGCAUGUGAAGACAGGCUCUAGUGGGUCCAAUGGACAAGAAGAUAGUUUUUGCAUGUUCUGUAGAGAGAAGUGAGUGGCAGAUGGAGCUCGUCAACCUGGGAAAAUAGCCCAUCUAGGAAAAGGAAAACUCUGGUCCUAAACCUCCACUGUCUUGUGGAAUAUUGGUGGGAGAAGAAAAGGCUAAGGAGUAAACCCCACACAAAUCCAAAGUCGAGUCUCUAAGAUGAUUGGAUGGCGCCCUGUACACCUCCUUCCGGCAAUUCCUGCAGCCAAGCUGGUGCGAAACGUAUUGCUCUGCUUUCCUUUGGACCACAUCAGCGAGGCCAGGAGGGGGUCUUGUUGUCUGGGCAGCCCAGGACCCCCAUACACACUACUCCAUACAUUUUUACCAUCUAUGUGAAAACACUGGAUGAAGUCAUAUGAAUUAACAAGCUGAAACAGAAUCCAAACAAGAUGAAUGUGCUUUGUAUUCAAACAUACUGGUGAUCUAGGUGAAAUGUUCAACCUGUCUUGGAUGGAGUGGCAUUUCUGAUGAAGCAGGUUUCUGUCUUGCAGUAUUCUUUACUGUGUCAUUUUUCCUGGAUACUUAGGUGAGGGUGGCCAUUAGGGUGCCUUUUUGUCUACUCCAGUAGGUAUACUGGCUGUGUGUGAUCUUUCCUGGAAAAGUUGAAUUUGGCUUCAGUCAUCGGUCCUUCAGUUGCUUCAAGGAUUGACUAGUGGCGUUGGCCUGGAAACUUCAUUAGUCCAAAGUAUGAUAGACAGACCUUUGUCUGGCACCUACAGGCAGGAAAUUAUUACUGUCUAUCGUAUGUCAGUUUGUUAGCAUUUUAUCCUCUUCUGGGCUCAAUUCAAAAUGCACAUUGAAGUGUUGGCUGUAAAACGGUUUAGGACUAAUUUGCCUUAUGGAUCAAUUCCUCCUAUAUGGACUUGCUUGGGAAUUAAAGUCAACUUCAGAGGCCUUCAGAGGUCUUAAGAUAGCCAUAGGUGCGUGUGAAAUGCUGGUGGUGUCAUAGCCCUACAGUGCCCCCCCCCCCGGGUCAUAAUCCAUGAGACUCUUUCUCUGUGCCUUUUCCACCAGAAAUUGAAGACACUUUUGUUUCAGUUGCCUUUUAAGGUAUAACUGCAUUGUUUUAACAAUUUUAUCUUUAUUUUAUGAUACCGUACUAUCUUGAUACCUAUAAGUAGUAGAAUAGCAGCAAGGAAUAUUACAUUCUAUUAUAAUACAAGAUUGCCAAAAGUGGGCCCUUCCCCUCACACAGAAAAUCUCCCAAUAUUUAUGUGAGCAGACUGAGGAGUGGAUUUGGGCGAUGGCCGGUUGUUAGGGCACCUUCUGCAUGGGCUUUAGAAAGAUACCUGCACCUGACCAAUCCCCCAUCCUCCUCUCUGCCAUGCUUGAUGCUUAUGGGGCACUGAGGCUGCCACUCAGCUAGGUUGUUGAGCUAUUGCUCCUUUGUUCCAGCCUAUCAGCGGGCAGUGCUGAGGAGCUCUGCCCUACGCCACUGCCCCCUUGCCAGCUGGUGCGGCUGGGAGCACCAGUGACAACAUGGAAUAGGAGGACAAGCGGGUUAUCAGCUGCAGACCAAUCAACAGAUAGUGGAGUUACAGCUCUCCAAUCACCUGGACAUAAAUAAUUGAAGUUUUGUAAGGCUAUGAAAAAUAAAUAUUAGACAUCACAUUUGGUUGUAUAGGGGCCCCAAAGGAGAGAUAAAAGCAAAAUACUUUACAGUUUGACUAAAUAAAUGAUAAAGAAGUGAAUAAUUAAAUGUAUAGAUUGAAUAUAUAAUCUCCUAGGAGAUACAAGUAAGAAUACUUACACUGGUUAUUUUAAUACAUUAAUAAAUAUUUCACAAUGUUGCCCAGAUAUGUGUGGAUUUGUAUUUUCCUGCAUCAUAUUAUACCAGUAAGAGUCUCUCCAAUUCUAUAAGCAUAUUGGUCCAAUUGACCAUAUAUACCAGGCAUCCCCAAACUUCGAUCCUCCAGAUGUUUUGGAGUACAAUUCCCAUCUUCCCCAACCACUGGUCCUGUUAGCUAGGGAUCAUGGGAGUUGUAGGCCAAAACAUCUGGAGGGUCGCAGUUUGAGGAUGCCUGAUAUAUACUAUGUGCCAUACUCCAAUUAACCAGUCACCCAGUGUCAGAUUCCUUAAAUUAGAAUGAAUAGUUGUUCAUUCUGCUGUCAAUAAAUGUUGGACCGGUUCCCUGUCAUCUGCUAAUUCCAAAUCCUUAAUGCACCCAAAUAAUAUAACUAAUGGAUCUGUUGGUAAAUCUGUUAUUUCAGUUUCUUAUUUACUAUCCAAAAGAUUUGCUGAAUAUCAGCAUUAUGUACUUUAUACCCUCAGCAUGAACUACUUGCUGUUAUGUAAAUACUGUACAAUUAAGAUGUAGUACGGUUAAACACCAUUGAAAUAGAAAUUUAUAAAAGCUUCCUUUAAAACUGAUACUGACUAUACAUUUUGAACAAAGCAGAUACUUUCUGUCUCAAACAUUUGUAGAACUAGAUAUGACGACUGGAAGCAGGGGUGACUGUAGGUAAGAGUAAUCUCAUUCUCCCCUCUGCAUCUAAGCAGGGUUUUGACUACUAGCCAAUUGAAUUGCAAAUAUAUUUCUUUUCCAGCAACAGGUUACGCCCUUUCAGAGAUUUCUGGGCUAUAAUCACUUUGGACAAGGGAGUGUUGCCUGGAAUUUAAAAGGUUAUGUUAUAGAGCUUAUUUGUGCUCUGUGGUUCAACUUCAGUUACAACUUCAAUAGGAAAUAAUGGGGUCUAGUUCAGAAAAGUGCAGUGAAGGUAUUGUUAUGCAUUUUGAAGGGAAGAAAAAAAAAGGAGAAAGAAAAACACCUGUAUUGGAUACAUGGGUUAUUACAAGGGUCAAAACUACAAAACAUGGACUGCUUUCAUAAAGGGAAUUUCUGCUACAGGAAUAAUGUUUACAAUAAUGGAUUUAUAAGAUGUUUGUUCUCAUGUUUUUUUUCAAUAAACAACCCAGAGGUUUCCCUUUCAAAGCAUUAAUUCUAUCAUGCAGCAGCAAGCUAUCACUGUGCUUUGGAACACAUUAAGAAAAAAGCCUGACUAGCUUUUCAGAUACCUUUUAAUUGAAUAACUUUCUAAAGAAAUGCCUGAAGUAACUGAUAUUAUAGUUUGAAGUCUUGUUUAUUCUGUUAUAUUUUAUUCCAAGAAGACCCAUUUAUCCUAAAUAGAACCCAGUAAGGCAGACAUGCAUGUACAAAAUACAGUGGUACCUUGGUUGUCGAACUUAAUCCGUUCCAGGAGUCCAUUCCACUCCCGGAACCAUUCAGAAACCAAGGCGUGGCUUCCAAUUGGCUGCAGGAGCUUCCUGCACUCAAGCAGAAGCUGCUUUGGAUGUUCGGCUUCUGAAAAAGUUUGAAAACUGGAACACUCACUUCCAGGUUUGCAACGUUCGGGAGCCGCUUUGUUCGGGAGCCAAGCCAUUCAACAACCAAGGUACCAAUGUUGUUGUUUUUUAAAAAAAUGUGAUAACUUUUAAAGGCCUGCUGAAAACGUUUCUAUUCCGCCAGGCCUAUGCAGGUAAUGAAGAAAACAUCUUUCAACAAUAGUUAUUCAAUGUCUCAUUUUAAUUAUUUUUAUUGUAUAGCUUUAUGUAAACCGCUUUGGUUCUUUUAAAAUGAAGUAGCAGUAUGUAAAUAUUUUAGAAAUAAACAAAAAGGAACACAGAAUUUGGCAAAAGAAAUGCAAACAGACAAUAAGAGAUGCUAGAAAAGAGCCAUUGCUCGAAAUAUAAAGACCAACUACAAAAUAAUUAAAUACUGUACAUUAAUAGCAGGAAACCGGCUAGAAAGGCAGUUGCACCUUUGAAUAACAAGGGAUCAAAGGUGUGCUAAAGGCAGAUAAGAAUUUUGCAGAGAAGCUGAAUGCAUUCUUUGAGUCUGCCUUUACAGUGAAGCUAUAGGGUAGAUCCCUGUGUCUGAACUAACUUUCACAGGAAGGAACAGAAGCAACUAGCGGUGACAAGAGAUGACAUUUUAGGCCUUGUUGACAAAAUAAAAACUGAUGUAUCACAAGGUCCAGAUGGCAUCCACCUGAGAGUUCUGAAUAUUAUUCUGUGCGACCCACUGUAGCUUCUUAAUUUAUCUACUGGUGGAUUUUCUCCAGAGCUCAGAAAGGAACUGGAAAAGGAGAUGUGGUAUUUCUCCACUCUUCAUCAAAGCCACUAGGGAAGUGUCUCACGUGUAGAAGGGUUCUAGAAGUCUCUAUGCAGCUGACCUUGGUAUGCAUGGCUCGUAGGGCUGGACUAUGUGGAAACCCACUUGAUAAGCAUCAGUUACAGGUAACAGCAGUCCUGUUUUUUUCUUUCUCCUCUUUCUGUCUUUACCCUUAUUUUGGAAAGGCACUAUGGGCACUACUAUCUGGGGUCAAAUAGCUCCCUUAGCUCAUUUCCCCCAGACACAGAGAUAAAGAUUUUGUACUUUGGGGCAAGACAUUGCUUUCUUUAAAAUAAAACAACAACAACAACAACACCCCACCCAUCUGGCUGAGUUUCCCCAGCCACUCUGGGCAGCUUACAACAUAUCUAAAAACAAUAAAAACAUCAAUCCUUAAAAACUUCCCUAACCACAGCACAUACUUGUCGUUUUUUGGAACUUGCAUCAAAACAAUGACCUGUAUUCUCACCUUUUAGCAUGAAUAUGCCUAUUCAAGCUUCCAGCCAACCACCCAAGCAUUCUUCAGGAUUUUAUAACGUGUAAAGAGCUCAAAGGGGACAUUCCCCUCAAUUUCCCCCUUUAGCCACUCUCCCCUUUUAUGCAGUCCAUGAUCUUUCCAUGGCUACUGAGCAUGAUCAAUCACCAUUGAUCUCCUUCCCUCCCCCUUACGUUUUGGAUGAAAAACACUUCCACCAACCUUGGGGGCUCCCCCCAGGUAUACUAACACUUCUUUCUUAUUUCUCUGUGGCCUAAUUUUGGUUCCAUUUCUGUCAGCACUCACUCCCUGAAUUUACUAUUAUAAGUGAUCAGGGCUUUUUUUCAGCCAGGACGCACCAGAACUGAGCUCUUUGGUGCGUUCCAGCAGCUCUUUAGGUUGGGGCUGUGGGCGGCAUAGAGCCUGGGGCUGUGCGGUGUGCCAAUCAGAUUGCCGUGGUGAUCGUGUUGCUGCGGCGAUCAUGGCUGCGCAACAGAGGUGGAGGUCAGCAGCAGCAUCGCCAAAAGUGGCAGUGGGGGUGAAGAGAAGGUGGGUGCUUCUCUAAGAAAAGCUCAACAACUUUGGGUGGGUGCUCAGUAAGUUCCACCACCUCUUUUUCUAGGAAAAAAAAGCCCAGGGAGUGAUAAUGUUAUUAUUAAGUGCAAUAAUAAUGACAUGCCAGCUCUAUCUAAAUUCUGCGAGCUCCUAUGACUGCACUCACGCCAUAGGCUAGCAGCCUAAACCACCAUCACCCUCCCCACCCCAAUCCACUGUGAGCUAUUUUCAGCCAUCUUUCUCUGUGAAUGUGAGGAAACUGCGGAGAGGAAACCAGAGGCUGUUCACCUGAUAUGGUAGCACUUUCAGUGUUCCUGCUCUUCUUCCUCUUUGUAGGAGUCUCCUUGCUCCUGCUUUAGAUGAAAGAAAUUUAACAGGUGGCUGCUGGCUCUGCUCUUAUUUACCAUUCUCAAAAGGGAAGGUUCCAAUGUUCUCAUAGUGUUUAAGUGUUUCACAGUUGCUGCCCUGCGUUGCUGUAGCAUGUGAUUCGUGCAUCUGCAGAGAUUCCUUUGACUUAUAGAUCCAGGUAAGUAACGUGUAGCUUGGUGGUGGGGUCUGUUUUGAGGUUCUGCUUUUGAUUCCCUUCUGUUUUGCUUGAAAUCCUAGCAUAGCAGAAUGCAAAUGGCUGUGGAUUUGCAUGUCAAAACGUACAUUUUCCUAACUUGCUAGUUUUGAUUUUCUGCAGAUUUUGAUGAAAUGUUUGCAUCUCCGUGUAGUCUGCAGAAAAUGGCAUAGUUAGAAAGAAAGGGCCUCCACGACUUAACCUGAUAUGUCCCUUGACUCUUCUGUUCAUCAGUUGACUUCUUCAGUAUCUUGAGGGACUGCAGGCUGUUGCAGAUGUGAGAAUUCCAUUAAAUCUUUAUUUAGCUGCAGCUCGCUGCUUGGCUGCUUCUGAACUUGGACUAGUUGCUUGGCAACCUCAUGUAGGCUGUGCACAAAGGGAGCACAAUGCAGGCAGACAAGACUUUUAUCUGAAGAGUUGGGGAGGAUCUAUUUUUAGCUGUUUUCUGAAAUUUUGACUGCUGACUUCUCUUAUAAGCACAGGUAUUACAUGGAGAUUGUAUUCUUGUGAUGUGGACACUGACAAUAUGAAAUACUUUGAUAAGUUGUGGUCACACAGAGUUUUCCAGUUUAAAGCGGGUUCUGAGAACAAGGUCAGAAAAAGAGGCAACGGCAAACACCGAGGUUUCCCCUAGGAGAAUUAACGGACUUCAAUUUAGCUGGUGAAAAAAUGUUGAAAACCAAUUGUCGCAGUUUAGUACAGGCUAUGUGUAAGGAUGCAUUCCUAAUCCCGUUUGAGACCUGGAAGGUUAAUAUUACUUGAAGAAGCAUUUUGGAAUAAGAUAAAAAUAAAUGGCAAAGUCACAAAGCAUGUGGGAGAGUCAUGGAGAGAGCUGUUUAUGUGUCAGCAAUGCAGUUCCAUAUGUUAGGAUAUCUUUCAGGGGAACUUGACUCCCUCCUUCUCCUCUCACCCCUCCCUUCUCUUCAAAAAGCACUGCAGUUCAUUGGAGAGGAGGGAGCAAAGAAUCUGACUUGCUGGGGAAGUUUGCAGCAUGUUUACAUACGCGUGUUUGCAGAUGAUGAAAGAAAAAAAUAGAAGAAAAUAGGCUUUUUAGGAUUUCUAUUGAGAACACUGGAAGCCAAAACUCACCAAAGGGAAUUAUUUUGACAUAAAAGGUUUGUUUUUCUUUCUUCCCACCACCUCUCUCCACUCCCUGUUGUGGAACAUUCCAUAUGAGGUGAAGCUGAGCAGGAACUGGGACCCCCUCCAUCUGUAGAUGAGGCAGCAAACACACUCAUGACUCGCCUGGGCUUCCUCCUGGGAGAGAAAGUCACGGAAGUGCAGGCAGGGCAGCAGUACAGUAUGGAAGUACAGGAGGACAAUCAGACCUCAGCAGUGUCCCAACGAAUAAGUCCUUGUUCCACGCUGACCAGUAGCACUGCUUCACCACCUGCCAGUAGUCCCUGCUCCACCCUCCCUCAAACUAGCACCAAGGAUGUUAUAGCAAAAGACUGCAGUUAUGGAGCUGUCACCAGCCCCACUUCUACUCUUGAGAGCAGAGACAGCGGCAUAAUAGCAACACUGACAAGCUAUUCUGAAAAUAUGGAUCGUGCUAAGUAUGGAGGGGAAAGCAGUAAAGAAUUAGGAUCUGGAGGAAACUUGAAACCUUGGCAGUCUCAAAAAUCCAGCAUAGACUCUUGUUUAUAUCGAGUGGAUGAAAACAUGACGGCUUCUACAUACAGUUUGAACAAGAUCCCCGAAAGGAACUUAGAUACUGUUUUAUCCCAGUCAGUACAAUCCAUUCCACUCUACCUUAUGCCUCGCCCAAACUCUGUAGCAGCCACAAGCUCAGCCCAUUUAGAAGAUCUAGCUUAUCUAGAUGAACAGAGGCAUGCUCCCCUACGAACAUCUCUCCGGAUGCCUCGUCAGAGUAUGGCUGGUGCUCGCACACAACAGGACCUAAGAGUACGCUUCGCACCUUACAGACCUCCUGACAUCUCUCUGAAACCGCUGCUUUUUGAGGUGCCCAGCAUCACCACAGAAUCUGUAUUCGUUGGCCGGGACUGGGUGUUCCAAGAGAUUGAUGUACAAUUGCAGAGUGCUGAUGCCAGUGUGAACAGAGGUGUGGUGAUUGUUGGAAAUAUAGGCUUUGGCAAGACAGCAAUCAUCUCCAGACUGGUUGCGCUGAGCUGCCAUGGCACACGCAUGAGGCAGAUUGCUUCUGACAGCCCCCAUGCAUCCCCAAAACAUGUUGAUGCAAACAGAGAGCUCCCCCUCACUCAACCACCUUCUGCUCACUCUUCCAUCGCAAGUGGAAGCUGCCCUGGAACCCCAGAAAUGCGCAGGCGUCAGGAGGAGGCUAUGAGGAGGCUUGCUGCCCAGGUUGUUGCGUACCACUACUGCCAGGCUGAUAAUGCCUACACCUGCCUUGUGCCGGAAUUUGUACACAACGUGGCAGCCUUGCUCUGCCGCUCCCCACAGUUUGCUGCCUACAGAGAGCAGCUGUUACGGGAGCCACAUCUACAGAGCAUGCUUAGCUUGCGGUCCUGUGUUCAGGAUCCCUUAGCUUCUUUCCGGAGAGGAGUUCUGGAGCCCUUGGAAAGCCUUCAUAAAGAACGAAAGAUCCCCGAUGAAGAUUUCAUCAUAUUAAUUGAUGGCUUAAAUGAAGCUGAAUUUCACAAACCUGACUAUGGGGAUACAAUAGUAUCAUUCCUCAGCAAAAUGAUAGGGAAAUUUCCAUCCUGGCUGAAGCUGAUUGUGACAGUUAGAACAAGUCUACAGGAAAUAAUUAAGUUAUUACCCUUCCAUAGGAUAUUCCUGGACAGACUGGAAGAGAAUGAAGCUAUAGAUCAGGAUCUCCAAGCCUACAUCCUACACCGAAUACAUAGCAGCUCUGAGAUACAGAAUAACAUCUCUCUUAAUGGCAAAAUGGACAACACAACCUUCGGCAAACUUAGUUCUCAUCUCAAAACUCUGAGUCAAGGAUCCUACUUGUACCUUAAGCUCACAUUUGAUCUAAUAGAGAAGGGCUAUUUGGUGUUAAAAAGCUCUAGCUAUAAGGUAGUCCCCGUCUCCCUUUCGGAGGUGUACCUGCUUCAGUGCAAUAUGAAGUUUCCAACACAGUCUUCCUUUGACCGGGUGAUGCCUCUCUUAAAUGUGGCUGUGGCAUCUCUGCACCCCUUGACCGAUGAGCAUAUUUUCCAGGCCAUCAAUGCAGGAAGCAUUGAAGGUUCCUUGGAAUGGGAGGACUUUCAGCAAAGGAUGGAGAACCUCUCCAUGUUCCUUAUCAAGCGCAGAGAUAUGACCCGAAUGUUUGUCCAUCCAUCUUUUCGAGAGUGGCUGAUCUGGAGAGAUGAAGGAGAAAAAACGAAGUUCCUCUGUGACCCUAGGAGUGGCCAUACAUUGCUCGCCUUCUGGUUUUCCCGUCAAGAGGGAAAACUCAACAGACAGCAGACUAUUGAGCUGGGCCAUCAUAUUCUCAAAGCACACAUCUUUAAGGGACUGAGUAAAAAAGUUGGGGUUUCCUCCUCAAUUCUCCAAGGGCUUUGGAUUUCCUACAGCUCGGAAGGUCUUUCCAUGGCGCUGGCCUCUCUGCGGAAUUUGUACACCCCUAACAUAAAGGUCAGUCGGCUACUGAUCUUAGGAGGCGCCAACAUCAAUUACAGAACUGAAGUGCUAAACAAUGCCCCAAUUUUGUGCGUCCAGUCCCACCUUGGUUACACGGAGAUGGUAGCUUUGCUGUUGGAAUUUGGAGCAAAUGUUGAUGCCUCUUCAGAAAGUGGCCUGACGUCUCUUGGAUAUGCUGCUGCUGCUGGCUAUCUAAGCAUUGUUGCCCUCUUGUGCAAGAAGCGAGCGAAGGUGGAUCACUUGGACAAGAACGGUCAGUGUGCACUGGUUCAUGCAGCUCUCAGAGGCCACCUGGAAGUUGUCAAGUUUUUAAUCCAGUGUGACUGGACAAUUGCUGGGCAACAGCAGGGAGUGUUUAAAAAGAGUCAAGCCAUCCAGCAGGCAUUGAUUGCUGCUGCCAGCAUGGGAUACACCGAGAUUGUCUCCUACCUGCUUGAUCUUCCAGAAAAAGACGAGGAGGAGGUAGAACGAGCACAGAUCAACAGCUUUGACAGUCUCUGGGGAGAGACAGCCCUGACUGCUGCAGCCGGACGAGGCAAGCUGGAUGUUUGCCGCCUGCUUCUGGAGCAGGGAGCAGCUGUAGCCCAGCCCAACCGACGUGGCGUCGUUCCCUUAUUCAGUGCCGUUAGACAAGGCCAUUGGCAGAUUGUUGAUCUCUUGCUCACCCAUGGUGCAGAUGUUAACAUGGCAGAUAAACAAGGCCGGACUCCUUUGAUGAUGGCGGCUUCGGAGGGGCAUUUGGGCACUGUAGAGUUCUUACUAGCACAAGGAUCCUCCAUUUCCCUAAUGGACAAAGAAGGACUUACUGCCCUCAGCUGGGCUUGCCUAAAGGGACACCUUUCAGUAGUACGAGCUUUGGUGGAGAGUGGAGCUGCUACAGACCAUGCUGACAAAAAUGGGCGCACGCCAUUGGAUCUAGCUGCUUUUUAUGGUGAUGCAGAAGUGGUUCAGUUCCUGGUGGAUCACGGUGCCAUGAUUGAGCAUGUGGAUUACAGUGGGAUGCGCCCCCUCGACAGGGCAGUGGGUUGCCGCAAUACUUCUGUUGUUGUCGCACUACUGAAGAAAGGAGCCAAGAUAGGUCCAGCAACCUGGGCGAUGGCCACCUCCAAGCCAGACAUCAUGGUCAUCCUGUUGAGCAAGUUGAUGGAGGAAGGAGACCUGUUUUACAAGAAAGGGAAAGUGAAGGAGGCUGCCCAGCGCUACCAGUAUGCUCUGAAGAAGUUCCCCCGAGAAGGGUUUGGAGAGGACCUGAAAACCUUCCGGGAACUGAAGGUGUCACUCCUUCUCAACCUCUCCAGAUGCCGGAGGAAAAUGAAUGAUUUUGGAAUGGCGGAGGAAUUUGCUACUAAAGCACUGGAGCUGAAACCGAAAUCUUAUGAAGCUUACUAUGCAAGAGCAAGGGCCAAACGCAGCAGCAGGCAGUUUUCAGCAGCGCUGGAGGACCUGAACGAGGCCAUCAAGCUCUGUCCGAACAACCGUGAGAUCCAGCGGCUGCUGAUGAGGGUGGAGGAAGAGUGCAGACAGACGCAGGCGCAACUACAGCAAGAGCCUCUUGCGGUAUCUGAACCUGAAACGCAGCACGAAGAGUUGUAUGCAGUGCAGGACAUCUUGGAAGAGGAGUAUCUUGAGCAAGAUGUAGAAGAAAACAUUUCUGUUGGCUUGCAGACGGAGUCAAGGCCUAGCCAAACUCUGCCCAUCAUCCAGAGCCCACCUUCUUCCCCUGCCCACCGAGACUCUGCCUACAUCUCCAGCUCACCACUUAGUUCACACCAGGUGUUUGACUUCAGGUCAAAUAGUUCUGUGGGGUCACCAACAAGGCAAGGGUACCAGCCCACCUCCCCAGCACUCUCCCCAACACACCAGAACUCCCAUUAUAGGCCUAGCCCAGCACACACAUCUCCUGCUCACCAAGCCUCGUCUUACCGUUUUAGCCCACCUCCAGUAGGUAGCCAAGGGAAAGAAUAUCAAAGCCCACCUCCUUCUCCCCUCCGUAGAGGCCCUCAGUACCGAGCUAGCCCUCCAGCAGAUAGCAUGAGUGUCUACAGGGCUCAGUCUGGCUCGCCCGUACGAUAUCAGCAGGAACCCAGCAUCAGUCAACUUCCCAGUCGGCCAAAGUCUCCACUCUCCAAAAUGACACAGAGGUCCUUCCAGAUGCUUCCGCUGCCUGUUGCAGUCCCCCAGCAAGGGCUCAGGUUGCAACCUGCCAAGGCACAGAUCGUCAGAAGCAACCAGCCAAGUUCAGCUGUGCACUGCAGUACUGUGAUCUCGACGGGCACUUACGGUCAGGUGGCCCAUUCAGUGACCAGCAAAUACCAGUCGGCAUCGACGGAAAUGACCGCUGGCCAAAAUCGGCUGGUCUACCAGAGCUCCAUUGGGGGAAUAGCGGGGGAUGGGCGGCCCAUGCAGCACGUUCAGGCCAGUCUCAGUGCAGGGGCCAUCUGCCAGCAUGGAGGGCUGGCUAAAGAGGAUCUUCCACAAAGGCCUUCCUCUGCCUAUCGCGGUGGGAUGAGAUAUAACCAGACCCCACAGAUCGGGCGCAGCCAGUCAGCUUCCUAUUACCCAGUCUGUCAUACAAAGCUCGAUCUAGAACGUUCCUCCCUACCCACUAGCCAGCUUGGUUCACCAGAUAUCUCUCACUUGAUACGAAGGCCCAUGGCGGUAAACCCCAAUGAAAUAAAACCUCACCCACCGACCCCAAGGCCUCUGCUUCAUUCUCAAAGUGUUGGCCUCCGAUUUUCCCCUUCCAGCAAUAGCAUCUCAUCCACUCCCAAUAUGAACCCCCCCUUUCGCCCUUCUGCUUCUAUUCAGCAGAUGGAGAUCCCCCUUAAGCCUGCCUAUGACAGGUCAUGUGAUGAGCUUUCCCCAGUCUCUCCAACGCAGGGAGGUUACCCCAGCGAGCCUGCCCGCUCCAGGACCACACCUUUCAUGGGAAUCAUUGAUAAAACGGCCCGGACUCAGCAGUAUCCCCACCUGCACCAACAGAACAGAACCUGGGCUGUGUCUUCAGUGGAUACUGUCAUAAGCCCCACGUCCCCUGGAAACCUCCCCCAGCCAGAAACAUUCAGCCCACCUUCCUCAAUCAGCAGCAUUGCCUUUUAUAACAAAACCAACAAUGCACAGAAUGGCCACUUGCUGGAAGACGACUAUUACAGCCCACAUGGGAUAUUGGCCAAUGGCUCCCGAGGAGACCUCCUAGAGAGAGUUAGCCAAACCUCUUCGUAUCCCGAUGUCAAGGUGGCCAGGACACUGCCUGUUGCACAGGCGUAUCAGGACAACCUCUAUAGGCAACUUUCCAGAGACUCCAGGCAAGGACAGACAUCCCCUAUCAAACCAAAGAGACCAUUUGUGGAGUCUAAUGUGUGAAACGGACGUGUCUUGGAGUAAGAGCCUUGUUUUCAGCACACUUUCCCCGGCUGAAUUCCCAUAUUACACUGCUGUUUUUCUUCCUCCCUUUUUAAAUUUUCCAUUCACCUAGCAGGCCACCAACUAGGGGGUUUUUCUGUGUGAUGAUGAGGCAGUCCAAGAUAUGCUCCAAACCCUUUGCUGCACACAGCUGACCUCAGAUAAAGCCAGCACUGUACAUGUCUUCAGCUGUCAAUUAGGCAAUGUUAGUACACAGUGUUGGGGCUAACCUAGAAGGAAUCUACUCACUCAAGAGAGGUAACCAGCUCUUUGAAAAAAACAAAAUGUGAAUUUCAAAAUUCAGAUUGGUUUGAAUAUAGGCUUUAAAACACUAAAUUUUCCUCCAGAGUGCUGAGCCCUUUUGACUUGGAAAUUGCACUCUUUCAGUCAGCACAGUGCUGUCCACAUUGUUUUGUUCUGUCCAAAGAGCUUGUUGACCAGCACAGAAUGGGGCUUUUAUUUUGUUCAUAAUACAAUGAGGAGCUAUGCAUAAAACCCAUCCUGCUUUAUCCGGUGUGAUAGGAUUGAACAUUAGUAUUAAGGGUUCAUGGUUGUGAAUUUUUAAAAAUCCUUUCCAGCCAAUCUGUUGGUAUGGACUUCCACGGGUAACAUUGCUUUGAAAGGCAUGUUCGGAAUGAUACUGUUUUGAUUUCCUCUGAGGCAGUUGAACAAAUAUUCAGGGAGAAAUCAAAGUUCUCUCCACUUUAGCCAAUCAGUGGGCGGCUACCUCGGUCUGUAUGUUGGACUUCCUGUCCAUUUUCAGUGGGCUUGUCCUAAUGGAACAGCACCUUACCGAUUCACACUCCAGGUAUUGUUCCCAAAUCAAGAAAGCUCAUUAUAAACUGUGAGGUGUCCUAUCAUUUUAAAGCAUGAAGGAGGAAACUGAGAAAGAGAAGCAGAAUUUGUACAAGCACUCCCAUUGUGACGGUUAAUGCCCUCCCCCUAGAAGUCAGUAUUAGUACACUCGUAGCAAUGCUUCCUGAGUUAGAGAUCCAUUGAGCCAUCUCUGCAUUCCUUUUCCUGCAGACACUUUCGGAGUGAAGCACUUUCUUCCACUCUUCUUCUCUAGUUGUGGGGCGCUGCGAUUUGGGUCAUUUAGACCAAUACGAUACUGAUGUUUGAGGAAUAUGCUCUUAAGUGUUAGAAGCUGGAGCUGUUUUUCCAGGCCAAAUACAGAAGGCAGAACUGGGUGGGAGAAGAUCAGAUGUUGACAAAAAGCAUGGCAAGGAGUUCUGAGUGCAAUUAAAGGUCAUUCCUGAAUAGCAAGGGCUUUUCAGAUUCAUGCCGCUAUAGGUUAGCUGCCUUCAUUCUAUUGGGGUAUGAAGAGUAGUAAUCUGUGAAUGUAUGCAGGUGCUCAAAAGGUCAUCAGAGGUACAGCAAAAUGGCAGGAACACAAAGGAAUGCAAAAUCACACUUUGCCCUUUCUUCAUUUUGGUUGGACAAAGGAUAAAGCUGGCUUCCUGUUAAUUAAGCAGGGUUUUCCCCUCCAUGCUAUGAUUGCACCAGCCGUGAACGGCUAGUCUUUUGUCCCAGCUGAAACAGAGUUCCUCAUUUCUGUUUAUCAGGAUGUGCAGAAUGAUACAAUGAUUUCUGAAACAUAAAUCAGGUAUAUACAUACCCUUUGCUUCCUAUGAUUUACUUUCAGUACUUGCCUUCUUUCUGAAGUCCGUUUGCUGUCCUCAGGAGUCCCUCUCUAUAAAUAGAAAAGUGAUUAGAAUAGGCAUUUCCAUUAAACAGCAAGGCUUGCACCUUCAGGUGAGGUUGGCAGGUUCCAUACCUGGAAGUGUUACUGACAAUAUGUUUAUGCUUUAAGGUCCUGGAAUUCACAGGCACAAAAGAGAUUAACGUAACAGUUUCAGGAAAUAUUUUCAUUCUCAGAACGAGUAGUCCUUAUUUGAGAGUGAAGGGGAUGUUUUCAAGGGUUUGUUUUACUUUGGUUUUUUACUUUGAUCUUUCCUUCGGACUCUUUUUGUACAUCUUUUUCCAGCUCUUAACUGUUGUAUUCCAGAACCUGCAGUAAUGGAAAACACUUAGCAAAAGAGGUGUUAGCAUAAUUUCUUCUGUUGCUACGGGGCUUGCCAAGGCGUACUGGUGCCCAGCAAGUCCAGAAGUUGGCAGCUACAUUUUUCGGGGAUAUGCUUUUCUGCUGUUUCAACUUGCAUGGUGAAAGGGAUAGUGAUGUGCUCUCUUGUGAAUGUGUGUAUGAGAGAGGGGAGAGGGAGCUUUCAUACAUAACCCAAGUUAUAAAGAAGGUGCAACUUUAAAUUUGCUUUCCUUUAUUUUUGGGAUGGAUAAAGCUACUUCCUGCUUUCCCCACACGUUACUUUUGUUGUCUUGGGGAAGUAAAAAGGGUUGAUAACCUCCCCUCAGCACUUGCUAUAUGUAGGGAUCAUCCUUAUGAUUUUAGUGUUGUCUUAGACAUUUUUUUCUGCUUUAUAAAGACAGAUUACUUUAAACUCUUAAAAACUGGAAUACACACCACCAAACAAGAAUAUGUUUGCAUGUGUUUAUCGGUGAUUUUUCUUUCCUUAAGAGAUUUGUGGCAACUACUUUAGAACUGCUUGUAUCAUGCAGAAGAUAGAACCCAUUUUACUGCAGCGGACAGUGGAAGGUCAAAUGAAUUGUUUCCGUUGUUUGCCUUUUGGGCUACAAUAAAAGAUCCUCGCACCAAAUUGUUUGGUAUGGCUGGAGUGCACUCAGGCAUUAGCUGCUGUCUUUUCCGAUAAGGCAAGUAGAGAAACGCAACCAAAUUUAGCUGUAUCCACCAUGCGGGAGACGGAGGAACAAUGUUGCUGUCAUUCCGAUCCGAUCACCUUUGCAGUUCCAACAUACAAAUCUUCUUGAUGGCAUAAUGCUGUAGUUCUUGGAUCUGGCUGCUUUGCUCUGCUGUUCACUGCCACGGGGUUCCCAGUACCAUAUCUGUUUACAUUUAGUAUUUAGUGAAAGAAAUGGCAUGCACAACAUCCAAAACAAGGUUUUAAUACUUCCAUUGGGCAGGGUUUCCCCCUCUCCUCUUCUCCCCCCCCCCCCGGUACUGUGUUGUGAUUUCACAGGAUUUUUGCACUGAUGGGUUUGUCACCUGCUCUCUUUGUAAAUGGGGGGGGUUGCACUUUACAGUUUCAUUUGUCACUAUGAUAAAUGCUGGUUAUUUAAGUGUGAUCAGUGUCUUCAUUAGAAAUACAACAGAACAGCUCUCGUCCUUCAGUGUAUUAAAACAGAAGCAAUGACUCAAAGUAUAUAGCACAAGUAUUAGCUGUUGUACAUAAGCAUCAAAAGGUGAAGUACUUUUUUCAGUAUAAAGAGAAACAUUUGCUGUGACUUACCGAACUGAUCUCCUAGCAAUUCUCUUUAGGAGCACCUGAGGCUUAAUUGUGACUGCUUUUAGUUACCAGGUAACACACAUCUCAGCUGAAAUAGGAGCCGUUUUUGUCUUAGAAGUUGGCAGGAGGCACUUCCUUCUGUAUUUGCUCUUGGCUUAGACCUCGGUUGCUCAUUGUGUCCUCUCCUGAAAUACAAUGUGAUAGAGCACAAAGUAAUUUCUUUCGCUGUCCUUUCUGCAAUUCAAAUGCCUUUCCAAGUGAGGCUUUUUCUACUCAGGAAAGUGUGAUAGAAUGGCUAACACUCACUCACCCACCCACCCA